CUUCUGAAGGCCCCGCAGACUCGGAGGCGCCAGGUCUUCGCACAUUCACAGGAUAUGUGAAGACUUCAGUAACGAGCCAUUAUCCCCUAAUCAUCGGCAUCGAUCAGGCGUUUAACCAGAGCCCUGCAUAUGUAAAUGCAGCGGGGCCUUAUAAAAGCUGGCCCUGAGCCGACAGGCGCUGCAGCAGCGCGCACUCUACGGCUUUUGGAGGAGAUCCAGCAGGACCGCAAACAUGGUCAAAUACUUUUCAGCAGACUGGCUGGCCCAGAGCCACCACAGCACCACGGGGACGCAGCAGAGCGAAGCGGGCACGGCCUCUGCGCGCACGCACAGACCUCACAUCCCCUGCAUGGUUCAGCCGUUCGCGCCGGUUUAUGGCAAAGGUUACCUGCAGCCAAAAUCAAAUGCAUCAAACCCCACAGAGAAAGGAGAGUUCGGGAAACAUCCGGAUUCCAGCCUGUCACCUUUGCGUCCAGAAAACUGCCCCUCACCUCUGUCAGAAGUCAGCGGCUAUUCUUCCGGCUAUGACAGCGAAGCAGCAGAGUGUCUGUCUGUGGAGGACCGAAGCGGCGUGGACAAAGACGCACCACAGCGGCGAGUGCGCACAAAGUUUACACCAAAACAGAUCCUCAAGCUGGAAAAGGUCUUCAGCAAACACAGAUAUUUAGACGCUGGGGAAAGAGUGAAGACAGCGCGGAAGCUCAACCUCACAGAAACGCAGGUGAGGACAUGGUUUCAGAACAGGAGGAUGAAGCUGAAACGAGAGGUUCAGGACCACUUUGCUCCCCAGAUGCCGGUGUUGAACUUCCGGGCCCUCCCUCAGGUGCAGUACCUGUCCGUGGACGCGCAGAGACAGCACACGGCGGCCGUUCGGGCCUUCUAUGCGCCCCCGCAGCUGGUCCUCCAGCAGCAGAUGACCACCAGCCGCGCGCCCCAUGUCCUCAUUCACCACCAACAUUUCUUCUAAAGUGACUUUUGUGAGCCAAACACUUAAACCAGAGUGCAAUCCAGAAUUCGAAGUCCUUUUUUAUUUGAUUACGACUUUGUAAAUAAUAAAAUUCUAUUUAUGAUCGAAUAAAAUUUUAUCCUAU